AAAUGGCUUCCUCGUCUUCGCCCACGCACUCUUCAGAUGUAUGGGGAAUACUCCCAUAUCAAUUUUACAAACUACGCCAGCAACGCUUGAGCAUAACUGGUACUAGAAGGGGUGGGAGUGGUGUUGCAGCGGACGGGUGCAUUGAAGACAUGAUUAUUGAGAAUGGGGGCCAUUUAGCAUGUUUCGCAAGCCAGAAAUUGCUGCGGCGGGAGCGGCACAGUGGCUACGUAAGGAAAUGGAAACAUGGAGAACAGAGGAGCUCAUGGCAAAGGUUGACACGAAAAAGAGUACAGAGCAAAGACGAAAGGAAGGCCUUGUCCGAUGAAUGGUUGAAAGCCGUUAGAGAAGACCGCGCACUUCAAAGAACAACGGUCAAGGAGCUAGCGAAGAUCUAA